UAUGGCGGAAGAAAAUUUAACUCUAACGCCUUUGACAUCCGAUGAGGACGAAGUAGAAUAUGAAGUGAAAAAAAUAGAUUACGUCCUAGUGUAUCCUAAAGAGGAAUUAGUUGAAAAUGAAGAGUUGCGUAAUCGAUUUUUGGAACAAAUGAAAGCUGAAGAUCUAGAGUUCGAAACCGAAGAGGUUGAAGACUCAGGAAAUGUGGAUAAAAUGAAUAUCUUUAUAAAGAUUCAUACUCCAUUUUAUAGGCUAUGCGAACAGGCAGAAAAGAUUAAACUAGAAAUGGAACUAAGAGGACUUGAAAUCCCUGAAGAGCAUCUUAACUUUUUUAAAUUCUUUCGCAAAAUAGAAAAGAAACUAUUCGUAACAGACGAUGAAGGUCUUCAGUAUUUACUUAUGAAAAAGGUAUUUAGCGAUUCGUUUGUAAUGCAUGAUGAAAGUGACUUGGAUCCAUAUAAAAAUGCUAAGAAAGAGAUACUAAGGAUCUAUCGCUGUUCCUUUGUUCUUCAUGAUCCACCUAAAGAAAAUCACAGAACUCAGAGUCAAUACGACGAUGCCUUGAUUGUUAAACUAUUCGCUUUUCAGUUUGCCAAUAGUUAUUCAUCACUCAUCUAUAUAGCUUUCUUCCGAGGGAUUGAUUACGGGGACAAUGGAAUGUUUGGUAUGGGAUCAAGUUAUUCCGACAGUUGUGGAACAGAUAACAAUUGUAUGGCGAUGCUUUCUCUCCAAUUAUUGGUUUUAAUGAUAUUAAAACCAUUUCCAAAAUUUUUUAAAGAUGUUUUAUUAAUUUUAUUUAAGAGGAAAAUGAUAUCUCUUAAAUAUUAUCUGGGUAAAAAGAUUGAUAGCGAAGAUGAAAUUAAGAGAAAAGAAAUUCUACAAAAUUCCUUCUUAGAGAGAGAGAGAAAAAAACCAGAUUUAAAUGAUUUUACACUAUCAGAAUUCACUGAAAAAAUCAUUAUGUACGGUUAUCUUAUGCUAUUCGCCGCGUCAUUUCCGCUGGCCCCUCUAAUUGCUUUAAUUGUUUGCUUAAUGGACAUACGACAGGAUGGGAAACGAAUGUUAUGGAAUUUUCGUAGGCCUAUUGGCGUCAUAUCAGACGAUAUUGGUAACGAAAAAAUUAUGAAGAUAAAGAAAAAACAAUUAUAA